UUGGGUACAGUUGCGUAUUAUUUAAUUUUAUACGCAAUAAAGUAGUUUUCUUACAUGAUAUUUGUAUUUGUUUUAUUAUCAAAUAAUAUACCCUAAUCGAGGGGUGAGUUUUUUUUAUUAGUAAUAUGUGGUAAUACCAGUAUCUUCAAAAUAUGGCUUUAGUACUAAGAUCGUAUACUAGAGCUCACAAAAAUGUACACAAAUCCGUAAUACCGUCGCUCUCCACCGUGAUGCCAAUAUUUCACAAAACAUUCAGUGACGAUAGAGUCUUCGACAAUGUCGAUUUUAGCGAUAGUACCAUUUUAGUGGAAAACGGUUUUAAUGUCCAGGAGCUACCAGUGAUUAUCAGAAAAAUAAAACAUAUAGAAAUAGAAAAAGAGCAUGAAGGCAGCGAUCAAGAAAAGAAGAACACAAGUGAUUCAGUCAGCUAUAAUCUCAUACAAUCGGAGUUUAAACAAUGUGUAGACCUUCGUGAUGUAUUUUCCUUGCUCACGAAAUGCACAAAAAUUACGCCAAAUAUUGCUCUAGGUGCUAUGGAACGUAUUUAUGAUUUAGAAAAGAAUCCAAGUGCCUUGAAUUUAGAUAUUAAAAACGAUCACAUAAAUUUAGCAAAGGGUGCUAUAUUAGAUAAGUUAUUAAAAGUAGUUAUGAAGACUGAAGACACACAAACAAUAUUGAAUGUAUUGCAGUCAGUUUCUUCUUUUAUGGAACCAUAUAAAUAUAAGUUUUGUGAUGAACUUUUAUUCAGAACUGUAGACAAUAAAUUAACAAUAGAGCAACUUUGCACAUUUGCAAUGUUUCUAAUUAAAAAUAAAAAUGACUCCAAAUAUUCUGAAACUAUAGAUAAAUUGUGGGUUGGUUUUGUUCAGAAAGAAGUAGAUAUUAAAGAAACAAACAUUGUAUGCAUAUUUGAGGUAUUGCCAAAUUUAAAAAUAAGCAAAAGAAUAGUGCAAACGUUACUUGAACAAAAAUUGUGUGAUUUGUGGCCUAAAAUUAAUGUAACUACCAUGCAGGACAUUCUCAGUAUCUUUAUUCAAGAAAAAUAUAUGUCUUUACAGUCUUUUGCUGUUGUAGGAAGUUGGUUUAAGAAAAGCAUUAAUAUUUUAAAUGAUGAUGCACUUUUAGAUGUAAUAACAAAAUUGACCAGAUUGAAUUACACAGACAUCCAAAUAGAGUCAUCAGUGGAGAAGUAUAUGAGGUUAAAAGGUACAAAGAUAGAAUCACAUGUUUUGAUUGUGGGUGUUUUAAAUUAUUGUAUGCAGUUUCAAAUACGAAAUAAUCACAUUAUGACAGCUUGUAGUCAAUACUUUUUAAAACGUGGUAGAUCCAUAUCACCUAGUUUCUUGAAAUCUUUAAUUUAUCCAUUUGGAUAUUUAUUAUUUGGUACAAAAGAAUAUGAUGACUUUUGGGUAUUUGUUGAAAGUGUUAUUGAGGAUAAAUUUUAUAAAAUUGACCCAGGACAUUUGAGUUCAAUAUUUCUCUCAUAUAUUUAUGUUAGUAAAUAUCCACUAAAAUUAGUUAAUAGAAUGUUUGGUCAGGAGUAUUUGUCCAAAAUUAAUCCUCAUGUGUUAAGAACACUGAAUAUUAUAGACACAGCUCUGUCUUUAGAAUGCCCUGAAUAUUUAGGUCCUCUUUUGCCUAAGGACCAGUGGUCAAAACCAAUUAUACAAGACAUUAGGAUAAAAAAUAUCAUAGAUAAAAUUAAAGAUACUCUUUUGGCUGUCGCAGGUAGUGAGGAUAAGUUAUCAACAGCUGUAUUAAUUCCUUAUUUGUAUUCUGAUGAAACAUAUUUGAUUGAUGUGAUGUUUCAUCCUGCAGGGCUAGGUAGUAAUAUGUUCAAUUGGAAAUUAAAAGCACCUAGAAAUGAAAAUAUAGCUAUUUUGAUUCAUUUGCCAGAUCAUUACUGUUCUGAUAAUGAACAACUUGUUGGUCCUCAAAUAAUGAGAAAAAGACAUCUGAAAAUUCUUGGCCUGAAAGUUUCUAGUCUAAAGUAUACAUUAUUAAGUCAAUUUUAUACAUCUUACAACAUGAGUGGUUUGAAAGAUUAUCUUAUUGAUAGAAUCAAACAUGCAGAGCCAUGUCUAUGAUAUGUUUGUUGAAUUUAUAUAUUCCAAUGACUAUAUUUAUCAUAAGAUGUGCCUUUAUUAUAUAUCUAACCUUGGGAGUGGAAAAAUUAACUGUUUUCAUUAUAUAUAGUGUGAGUUUAUUUCAUGAAGAUUUAGGUAGAAUUUAUAUUCCUAGUGAUAAAAUUAAUAGGAUUUCCAUUCUGGAUACUCAUUAUGGAAAUAAUUCUGACAGUGCCAAAAAUGAGUACCUUUAUAUUUUGAUCUAACUUAAAAUGAUGCCUUGUCAGGGACUGUGUGUUUAACAUAAUUUUUAAUGUAGAUUAAUGAAAUGUAUUUAGUCUCGAAUAACUGACAAUAUAUUGUUUAUAAAAAUAAUAUAUAUCAGUAUAUUUUUAUACAUUUUGUAUAAAAAACAGUGAUAAUAGUUGUUAAUGCUAAGGAAGAUGUAACUUUAUUGUAAAAAAUACUAAGUCAAAAAACAAUAUAUUACUUUAUAUCAAAGAAGUUGCCAUAUUACAAUACUUGAAUAACUUUUAAUGAAUAUUGCACAAUGAAUUAAGUUAAUGUUUGGUACUAAUUAGGGAAAAGAUUCAGCCAUCAUAUUUUUUUAAUAUAUAUUUAACAGUGAUUAAAUUAAUUCUGCCCAUCUGUUUUAUUAUUAUACAGGUGGGGUCUUUUAUAUCACAUUUGUCACAGUUAAUUUAGAUUAGGAACUACUAAAUAUUAUAUGCAUUUCGUUAUAUUAAAAUUGUAGUUACUAGCCAUUAUUAAAUAAGGCGUGUAUAGAUAUUAUUGAUAUAAUAAUGGUUUGUGAUCAGUGUAAAAUAACAGAUGGUGAUGGAUGAAUGAUGGUAUAUAUUAUAAAUAUACUUAAAUGUAUAAAGUAUUUUUAUUGAAUUUUAUUUAACCAUAAAAUAAUAUAGCUCAACCUUUUGUAUUAAGUUUAUAUAUAGGGUC